GUCUCUCUCGUUCGUCGGGCGCGUGGAGGGAAACCCGCGACCAGGCCCCCGGGUAACCUUGGCGACCGCUUGGGUGGGCGGAAGUGGUGGGGGCACUUCCGGGGUGAGAGGUCAGCUGUGCAAGGAGAGAAAAACCACACCUAGGAGAGAAGGAGCAGGUGAGCUGAUGGCAGAAAUAGUACAGAAGAAGCUCCAGGGGGAGCUUGAGAAAUAUCAGCAGUUACAGAAAGAUAUCAGUAAAUGCAUGACAGCCCGGCAAAAACUGGAGGCUCAGUUGACGGAGAACAACGUAGUGAAGGAGGAACUGGACUUCCUGGAUUCCUCUAACGCCGUCUACAAGCUGAUCGGGCCCGUGCUGGUGAAGCAGGACACGGAGGAGGCCAAAGCGACGGUCGGGAAGAGGCUGGACUACAUCACAGGGGAGAUCAAGCGGUACGAGGCGCAGAUGCAGGAGUACGAGAAGAAAUCGGACCAGCAGCGUGAGAUGCUGGCACGGCUGCAGCAGGAGUUCCAGAAGGCCCAGGCCAAGGUGGCGGUCAAGGCCUGACCCUGGAGGCACGCCUGGAUUCCCUCGGGACAGGACUGUGGGGGGAGGGAGGGAGGGAGGGGAAGGGGUCUUCUGGGCCUCUGGGUUCCUGUUUAGGCCUUAGUUCUCGGUUUGUUUGAAAUAAAGGCAGGGGGGUCAACUCUCCCUCUUUCUGCCCUCCA